AUGGUCAGGCGAUUGGUUUUAAGGGACAGGAGUGACCAGAAGAUUAACGUUGAGCUUGGGAAAAUGAGUGAGGAGAGAUCUGGUUCACAGUACAAGAGAGUGAAGAUCCAUGGAGAAGUUCUAUUGGGAUUUAUGUUGAUCUGCAUAGUCCAGUUUUCACAUGCAGACACUGAUCCCUCUGAUGUUACAGCAAUAAAUAAUUUAUAUACUGCAUUGGGCAACCCUGUUCUUCCUGGGUGGGUUCCUAGUGGAGGUGACCCGUGCGGACAAGCGUGGCAAGGUGUUCAAUGUAAUGGUUCAUUCAUACAAGAAAUAACUCUGAAUGGUGCAAACUUGGGAGGAGAACUGGGUGACAGCUUAGGAAGUUUUGUUUCUAUCAGAGCAAUAGUUCUAAACAACAAUCACAUUGGGGGGACUAUUCCAUCCAGUUUGCCGGUCACUUUACAACACUUCUUUCUUUCAGAUAACCAGCUCACUGGAAGUAUUCCAGACUCUUUAUCCACACUGAAUGAAUUGACUGACAUGUCCCUUAACGACAAUCUCUUAACAGGAGAAAUACCAGAUGCAUUUCAGUCUCUUACUCAAUUGAUCAAUCUAGAUUUAUCUAAUAAUAAUUUGAGUGGGGAAUUGCCUCCAUCUAUGGAGAAUUUGUCAGCUCUGACCAGUGUACAUUUACAGAGCAAUAACCUUUCUGGGACCCUGGAGGUUUUACAAGACCUUCCACUGCAAAAUUUGAAUGUUGAGAACAACCAGUUUGUUGGACCAAUACCCCCAAAACUGUUAAGCAUCCCUAACUUCAGAAAUGAUGGAAACCCGUUUAAUCUUAAUGUCAAUGCUACUAUAGCCCCAUCACGUCCACAUUCUCCAGUGACGGCAUCGCCAUCAGGAACUGUGGUUUCGGUGACACCAUCAUCUGGACGUUUACCUACUAAACCUACUGAUGGACCAACUGCAGCAAAGGAAUCAAAUCCUGGGAAAUCGAAAAAGAACACAAAAAAGGUGGUUUGGAUAUCUAUUUCUGGUAUAUUGACGUUUAUUAUUGUAGUGUUGGGACUUCUUCUCUUCGUUCCAAGAUGCAGCAGAAGAGAACGGGUUAACAUAAGUUCCAAGCAACAUCAAGUUGACACUUAUGGAGGUGAAAGACAGAAGAAUCCCAGAGAAUAUGAGGCUUUUGUCCAACCACUUAGUCAAACUGAGAAAGUACCAAAAGGAGUUGUAGUGAGGCCGAAAGGGGAUCAUCAAGAGGAGGCAAGCAGAGUGAGGGCAAUUCCAAAGCCACAAAGCGAGAAACAGAAGGAAGAACAAAGAGUGGAAACAAUCCCAAAGCUGUUAAAUCAUCAGAUAGAUAUGAGUUCACUAGAUGUAUAUGCCAUGCCUUCUCCACCGCCACCUCCACCACUUACUACUGAGAGUGUGAUUGUUGAACCAACCUCAUUCCACAAAGGGGCUAACUUCAACCCUCCCAAAAAAAGUCCAGCUCCUACCACUUUUGCGAAAACUUUCACCAUUGCAUCCCUUCAACAGUUUACAAAUAGCUUUUGUCAAGACAAUCUUACAGGUUUAGGAAUGCUUGGAAGUGUGUAUAGGGCAGAGUUUCCUGAUGGAAAGAUACUUGCUGUGAAGAAACUAGACAAGAGAGUUACUGAUCAUCAAACAGAUGAUGAAUUUCUUGAAUUGAUAAACAACAUUGACAGAAUCCGGCAUGCAAAUAUUGUUGAGCUUAUUGGAUACUGUGCAGAGCAUGGCCAAAGGCUUCUUAUUUAUGAGUACUGCAGUAAUGGUUCGCUGCAGGAUGCACUUCAUUCAGAUGAUGAAUUCAAAACAAGACUGUCAUGGAAUGCUCGCAUUCGGAUAGCACUCGGGGCAGCUAGAGCCUUAGAGUACUUGCAUGAGCAGUGUCAGCCACCAGUUGUACACAGAAAUUUCAAGUCUGCUAACAUUCUCCUUGAUGAUGAUGUUUCUGUUCGUCUAUCUGAUUGUGGUUUGGCUCCAUUAAUAGCUAAGGGUUCUGUAAGUCAGCUCUCAGGACAACUGCUAGCAGCUUAUGGCUAUGGAGCUCCAGAAUUUGAGUCAGGAAUUUACACAUACCAGAGUGAUGUUUACAGCUUUGGAGUGGUUAUGUUAGAACUUUUAACAGGCCGUCAGUCCUACGACAGAACACGUCCUCGAGGGGAGCAGUUUCUGGUGAGGUGGGCUAUCCCUCAACUGCAUGACAUUGAUGCAUUAUCUAAGAUGGUUGAUCCUUCUCUUAAAGGAGAUUACCCUGCCAAAGCAUUGUCAAAUUUUGCAGACAUUAUUUCCAGAUGUGUUCAGUCGGAGCCAGAGUUUAGGCCAGCAAUGUCAGAAGUUGUCUUGUACUUGGUAAAUAUGAUCAGGAAGGAAUCUCAACAAAGUGAAUCAAAUGAAUAA